AUGUCGGCCAAACGGCGGGACAAGUCCAAGAAAUCACAUGAAACUGUCAAUCCACCCGAAUCUUCUUCUGUCGCCCAAAGCUCGUCUUCCAGGAAGAAUCAAGUGUACGACACAGUCAACUUUGGCCUCGAUGCAUUGGGAAAUAUAUCCGAGGGUUCAGAUGUACUUGCUCCUCUCAAAGCAGCAUGUCGAACGACGAAAUCUGUCCUUGAUAUCAUGCAGGCUAUCGAGAGCAACCAGGAAGAAUGGACGAACCUAACACAGCGUCUGAAGGAAUACAUGAGCGGACUCGAAAAGCAAACCACUUUGUUCGAGGCAUAUGCCGCAAACGAUAGGGCUUUCGACGAGGCACUGAGACAGCCACUGAUGCACUAUUUCGAAGCUCUCAAAGAUAUCCAUGAUACGGUGGUCGAAGUGAGGGAGAAACGAAGUCGCAGCAAACUUGGGUUCUUGAAAUCUAUGAGCAAAGUGAAGAUCGAUGCUGGAGAGAUUCGUGAACUGAACAGAGAUAUCGAGGACGGACAUCGGCAGUUCAUGGAAGCGUUAGGUAUUUUUACUGCACUACGUACUCAAGCCAUCGAACGAAGGAUCGAGACUGCAACUAUUCUUCAGUCUAUUCUUCAGUUGCCGACAGUCGCAUUCGCCGCGUCCUCGGUUCAUACGACCUGUCUGAAAGGAACGCGUGAGGCAGUCCUUCAGAUGAUCUGGCGCUGGGCCAGUGAGGUGCCGUCGGAGAAGCCGAUAUUUUGGCUGUGUGAUAUAGCCGGGUCCGGCAAGUCCACAGUCGCAAUGUCCGUAGUCGAAUCAUGGCGGAACGAAGGAGUGUUAGGGGGUCGAUUCUUCUUCUCCAUGGCAAACAACGACGCAUCGACCACGGACAAGUUCUGUUCGACCAUCGCAAGAGACCUUGUCCAUUAUUUCCCUGAUCUCAGACCCCACAUUGCCAAAGCUGUGGAACAGAACCCUUCUUUCAUGCGAAGUUCUGUGGAUGAGCAACUCCGGACACUCAUCACGAAUCCACUCCUCCAGUCAGGCAAGCGCGUGAUCCUCGUCAUCGACGCUAUCGACGAAUGCAAAUCUGGAUCACAGCGAAGAGAACUUCUCGAGGCGCUUGCUACCGCUGCUCGAGAGUGCGCGAACCUCAAAAUCUUUCUCACCAGUCGGCCAGAUCCCGUCAUCGAGGCGGUCUUGCAGGGACUUUUGAUCAAGGAAAAGUUGGAAAACCGGCUUCACGAUGUGAAACACCCGGAUAUCACAAACGAUAUCGCGGUGUAUGUGCAUCAUUCGUUGCAUGAAGUCCUACCGCAGGACAAGAGACCGCGUCUGGCCGAAAAGGCCAACGGAUUGUUCAUCUGGGCGAGCACCGCAUGUCGAAUGCUCACGAGUGAAACCAGAUUGAGUUCAGCCGAGGACGUAUAUGACCGUUUGAUCUCUCUGGACCAGCCAGGAGUGAUCGACGACCUAUACAAUCUUGUCUUCGAGCGGACAGACCCCGAGUACUACGCGGUCAUGUGUUCAAUGCUGGCACUGCUGCACGGUGCAUUUGAACCGCUGACGGUGGACGAUCUGGACGAUCUAGUAAAACAUGCAAAAGUACGGGGAAGUGCCAAGGCACUGGUACAGAACCUAGGAAGCGUACUCAGUGUGGAUUCAAAGACGGAUCUGAUCCAAUUUCGCCACCCAACGCUGGUCGAGUACCUUCGACGGUGCUCGAUCCCCCGAGGUGGCGAUAACCGAAAUAAACUAUAUAUCGAUAUCGGCAAUGCUCACGGUCAAACAGCAUCAUGGUGUCUGAAGCGGUUUAAGUCGCCUAUUGGAGGACUCAAGUUCAACAUAUGUGAAAUCGAAUCCUCUUUCUUCCUAAACAGGCAGAUUCCGGAUCUGGAAGAGAGAAUUUCAAAGUUCAUCCCAAGAAGACUUCGGUACGCUGGCUUACAUUGGCUGUUUCAUCUGGCGGAAACAGACGACGAGUGGCGAACUAGGCUGAAGGACGGAAUCGAACAUGUGAUCAAAAGCCCAUAUGUUCUAUACUGGAUGGAGGUCCUGAGUUUCACGGAAGGGGUACCACGGGCGAUAGCGGGACUUCGAGCUGUUGCGCGCCAUAGAAGAAUUGAAGAGGAGACUAGGACGAUGAUGACGGAGGUUCGACGGUUUCUAAUGGCAUUUUCGGUGCCGAUUCAAGACAGUGCUCCGCACAUCUACAUCUCAGCACUAGCAUUCAGUCCGAGGCAGUCAAUACUACAUAACGAACGGCUGAAGUGGCAUGCAAAUACACUCAGUGUGACGCAAGGUUUCGAAGAGAGAUAUCCCCAACUUCCCAGGACUCUCCGAGGCCAUGAAUGGUGGAUAUACGCCGUUCAAUUCUCACCAGACGGAUCAAAAAUUGUCUCUUGCUCGGGAGAUAAUACGAUUCGCCUUUGGGAUGCCGAAAGCGGGCAGGCAUUAGGAGAGCCGCUCCGAGGUCAUACUUCGGAGGUGUUCUGUGUCAACUUUUCGCCAGAUGGUCACCGGAUCGUUUCAGGUUCGAUGGACAAGAUGAUUCGAUUAUGGGAGGCGGAUAAUGGUCAGCCGUUGGGCGAGCCACUCCGAGGUCAUGAAGAUGGCGUCUUCGCUGUCGAGUUUUCGCCAGAUGGCUCGAAAAUUGUCUCUGGCUCCUACGAUACAACGAUUCGACUGUGGGACGCGGACACAGGUCAGCCGUUAGGAUAUCCACUUCGAGGUCAUGACGGUUGGGUCUACUGCGUUAAAUUUUCUCCAGACGGUUCAAGAAUUGUCUCUGGCUCAUUUGACGAGACAAUUCGAAUGUGGAACGCUGAUACCGGUCAACCGGUGGGAGAGCCACUGCGAGGUCACAAAAGCCGGGUCUCAGCGGUCGGAUUCUCUCCAGACGGCUCGACAGUUGCCUCUGGCUCGUGGGACCAGACAAUUCGAUUGUGGGAUGCAGACACUGGUCAGUCGCUAGGAGAACCUCUCCGAGGGCACAAAGACACAAUCGCUGCCCUCGCAUUUUCGCCCGACGGCUCGAAGAUCGCCUCUGCUUCUCAUGAUAGGACGCUUCGACUGUGGGAGGCGCAUACUGCUCACCCAUUGGGCGAACCACUUCAAGGCCAUGAAGCUGCGAUCAAUGCAGUUGGGUUUUCACCAGACGGCUCCCGAAUCGUCUCUGGUUCCACCGACAAGACGAUUCGACUAUGGAACGCAGGAACCGGUAAGCCAUUGGGAGAGCCCCUACAAGGUCAUGAAGUUUCAGUAACGGCUGUCGCAUAUUCUCCGGAUGGCUCGCGAAUCGUCUCAGGAUCAAAAGAAAAGACGAUUCAACUAUGGGACGCGGAGAGUGGUCAGCUUUUGGGAGAGCCACUGAGAGGUCACGAAGAUUCAGUGAGCUCAGUCGCGUUCUCGCAAGAUGCCUCCCGAGUCAUCUCUGGCUCGAACGACAACACCAUUCGGCUUUGGGAGGUAAAGACUGGUCAACCUCUGGGAGAGCCAUUUCGAGGCCAUGAAGACUGGGUCUAUAGUGUCGGAUCUACUCCAGAUGGCUCUAAAAUUAUCUCUGGCUCCCGCGAUAAUACCAUUCGGCUGUGGGAUAGCGAGACCGGUCGGCCGCUGGGAGAGCCACUUCGCGGUCCUGGAGAAAAGGUAUGGGCCCUCGCGGUCUCACCGGACGGCUCUCGAAUUAUCUCCGGCUCCCGCAUCGUGCCUGCCCACCAAUUCUUCUCUGAAACGACGAUGCAACUGUGGGAGGCAGCUACUGGUCUGCCGGUGGGAGAGCCACUAAGAGGGCAUACUGCUCCGGUUGUUGCCAUCGCGUUCUCACAAGAUGGCUCCCGGAUUGUAUCGGGCUCGUGGGACCUUACGAUACGCCUAUGGGAUGCUGACACUGGUCAGCCGUUGGGUGGGCCGCUACGAGGUCAUGAAGCUGCAGUAAUAGUCGUCGGAUUCUCGCCAGACGGCUCGCGAGUCGUCUCUGGCUCUCUUGACGGAACGAUUCGGCUGUGGGAUGCGAACACUGGGCAGCUGCUGGGAGACCCACUUCGAGGUCACGAAGACUCCAUCGACGCGAUUGCAUUCUCGGCAGAUGGCUUCCGUAUUGUCUCUGGCUCAAAGGACAAGACCAUUCGAGUAUGGGACGCAAACAUUGAUCCAACCCUGGAUGUCACCACCGACCGAGAAAGACAACCUUCAAACACCAGCCCCGGGGACAGUAUAGCGGCUACUUCCCCAGGCAUCCAUAUACCUGGAUUCAAUUAUUGCUCACUCUCUCAGGACGGCUGGGUUCAAUCUUCCGGAAACUAUCUCUUCUGGGUGCCGCCGGACAAUCGGCAUGGACUACAAUAUCCGCGUCCUCUUCUGACCAUGCCGAUAAACAGUCGGUUUCGUGCGACCAAAAUUGACUAUAGUCGUUUUCACUGUGGGCCUUCUUGGACAAGCGUUCGAACAGACGUUAACGAAUGA